GUGUUUUACCCCAGAGAGCUGUUCAAUCAUCCUUACAUCCUCAGUCUGCUAUGUGAACAGAUCAUGAGGGACACGUACUCAGACAGCUGUUUGAGGAUCAGCAGAGAGGAGAGGAGGAAGAUGAAGGAUUUGCUAGCGAAUUUCAAUGUGGGAACAACUAUAAGCACCAUCCAGGAUGACACCAUGAAGAAGAGGAUUGUCAUUGCUGCUCGAGACAACUGGGAAAACUACUUUAGUCGACUCUUCCCUGUGAAGGUAGACAGCGGGGAUGCUCAGAUUUUGGGUGUGUCUCACCGCAGGAUUCAUCUCUUGAAGGUAGUCAGAGCAUCAGGCAUCAACCCCAAACACCUCUGUCAGCUCAGAAGCUACAGUUUUGCAGAGUUGUUGUCAGUUGACCUCCAGGGUGCAGACAGAGUGAGACUGGAGCUAACAAGUGAGGACUUGGUACUGCAGUCUACCAGAGCUCCUCAGAUCACUGCCAUGAUACGAUUGUUCCUCCAGGAGCUCAUCAAGGACUCAGGCCAUGUUAUUGCCCUGAAAAGUUUUGUGACAGAUGACAAGAGUCUACUCAACUUCAGCAAGGGUGACAUCAUUAAACUGCAGCCAAUGGAAGGACUCCAGACUG